CUUGAGCUUUUGGGGAAUUCUAGGGAAUAACAUUGAUCCAAUACGAUAUGUUACGCCUGCAAGCGAUGCAAGAACCAACUUCACGUAUGCCCUAGUGUCAGAAUGAAAAUGGCGAAGACCAAAACAAUAAGUAAAGGAUGCCCAAAGUGCGAGCAACAGGUGCCUGUUGCCUGCAAGGCCUGUCCCUGUGGCCACUCUUUCUUCAAUGCACGUCGUAAUUCAAUGAAGAGUCCACCCAGUCCUGACAGUGGAACCAUGAAAACACGGAGGACAAACAGAAUAAAACGACGUAUCAAUUACUAUGAUGCUUUGGAGUUUGAUAAACAAACUCGUAAAAGUGCAAAGAUUCGCAGAGCAGCCGAGGCUGGUUCAGAUCACGACUGCCGACAGCUCAACAAGAAAAGAAAGCGAAAAGGAAAGCCAAAAGGCAGGCCACCAGGCAAUGGUAGUGUAGGUGAUGACGAGGACGAUACCGAAGGGGUGAGUUCUUUAUCGCCUGAAAAACAACUCACCUGCUCUCUGAUACUACAAGAGUUGAAUAAAAAAAUGGGUACUGUCGCCUGGAAGCCAACGUGAUUCAUCAAAUUCAGGCUGAGUGACUCAUAACAAUGGUUAAAUUGAUCUUGAUAUUCGCGAGUUCAAUAAUAUCCAUUUGAAAGAUGUUCGGGAAUAACGUGUGCCAUGUCCAUUGCAAAAGGAAAAAUCAUGAAUAAGUGCAAUGAUUUAUUGAAUUUAAUUAUCUUCGAUGAAAAUACUGAUCUCAACGUUCCUGUGAUUAUCAAACAGUCAUUGAAUAUAUUUUCCACUCUUUUUCUACUAAUUUUCAUCGACCUAAGCUGAUUUAUUAAUUAUCCAACUUAUCUGAAUAUUUCAACAAAUUUUAGUCGCCAAUUAAUCUGUUUCUUCUACUGUAUAGUGUUUUGUCAAUGAAAUUAAACAAUUAAGUGAUUAUUUACAAUGAAAAGUCAUAUUCGAUGUGAAUAACUUCAGCGUUUAUUCUCAGAAUAAACCCUCGAAUUAUCAUUGCAACAGUUAAUGAAGAGACGAUGGAUUAAUAUUAAAUAAUAUUUAUCUCAUUCAAUUUCAAUGAUCGAUGAUAUAAAAUAGUUCAGCAAAAUACUGUAGUUUAUAUGCUGCACCAAAGCUGAAUGGGGCGUAUUUAAACAAAAAUACUUGAUCAUUAAAGGAUGAAUUCAUUGGAUCGAUACCCUAUAUAGUCACUAAUGUGAUUAAAUUAAAAUAUUUAUAAUCGAAUAUGCAUCGCCUUCGACUUGGUCCAUUCAUUUGAAACAAUAUAUCCCUAAUUAAUUACAUGUUAACGUACUUUCAUUCGUGCAUGGACAUCUCAUUACAUGUCGAAGGGAUUAAGAUUGUUUAGGGAAUUUUUUUUUGUGGUCUUUCAAUCGUAAGGAAAUAUUGAUUUACAAAAGUCGGAGUUUAAUUAUACAGUGGUAAUUUGUGCUAUAGUAUAAGUACUUUCCUAACAUUUUUUUCAUUCUUAUUUGAAAUCUUGACGUGUGCUCCUCUACGUAGCAUUUUUAAUUAACAGUUAAUAAGGCAAGACAUUAUUAUAAUUUUUUUUCACUUCAUCUUCAGUUUUAUCCCUCAAAGACACUGAAGUGUUGUAAAAUACAUCUUAAUGUUCUCGACAUUUAUCCACAGAAUAUACACAAUUUGUUCUAGAAGGAAAUUAAGAAAAUAAUAUAGUUCUAUUAAAAAAUGCAAUGGCUGAGAAAGGAAGAGACACUGGAUUUCGUACUCAGGUUGGCUGACGGCAGUGAAAACAUACGUCGUGAGCAAUCUAUCACCCUUUUUCCAUACGUACGAGACGAUUCGAUAUCUAACGACAUGUGAUAGGUUUUGCAAGUUAAAUUAAACAUUUCUACAUUUUUGAUUUAUUGAGGGAAAAAUGUUGGAGUUUUAUCAGCGAAAAAAACCCAAAUGUUUUUUCCUCAAUUUUUGUAUUAUUGAAGUAAUUGAAUAUUCAGCAAGACACGGAGCUCUCUCAAACCUUGUAAACCACUCCCCCAUUACGCGUCGCCUUUAACUCCUGUUUCCUCCUAAGAUACGGCAUGAAAGCCCACAGUGAAGCACCAGCCACCAGGAUCAGCCCUAGGGCGCUGAAAAUCGGUGCAUAAUCCCCGAUCUGUUCGAAGAUUAUUCCGCAGAUGGGAGGUCCUACGAGCUGCAGCAAACCGUUGACAAAGAGUGAAAUUCCAUAGGAAGACGUCAGCUUCUCGGUUCCAAGCAUGUCGGCCAUGAUGACAGCAGUGACCCCCACGUAAAUCCCCGAGGACAGUCCAAAAACAGAGCACCAGAGGGACAAAUACCCAUAACUCUUCCCAAUAGGCAAAAUAGCUAGGGAGACACCGGAAACCAGCAGUCCCCCAACGAAAUACCAGUGCUUGGGGAUGAGCUUUGUGUCUGACAGGGCAGAACCUCCGAUCCUCCCCACAAGAUCGAAGAUAGAAACGAGGGAGAGAAGGUAUCCAGCUGCAGCCUUGUCGAAACCGAUGCUGAUUGCAUAGACAGGCAGGAGAAUCACGAAAUUCGUAUAGCUCACCGCAUUUGUGCUGUUAGAUAUCAGAAUGACGAGGUAGAUCUGGUCCCUCAGGAGACUCACGUCGAAGAACUUGGGGGUCUCCUCCUUGGGCUUCUGUGUUCAUUGAUUGAAUUACAUUAUGUUAAUUAUUAUUGACUAUUCGUUGGGUUACAGAGGGGCGACAGAGGUCGUAAGAGACCAUUCAAAUAUUACGACACACGAUUUCAUUUUCUUAACAGUCGAAAACACGCGUGACAUAAUCCUCAAAUGGUCCCUAAAUGUUUGGAAAUUCCGGACAAACGUAAUGUAUCUCACCUGAACCGUUUUCGCUGGUGAUUUCCUGAAUGUAUUGGAUAUUGCAUUUAGAGUAAGAGUCGAUGCGUACUCAGGAUUAAGAGCUGAUAAGGUGCUGCCGUGAUAAGGUGUGCUGAUAUAGUUGAAGGAUGAUGUGCUAGGGGAUCGAGCUGCUGGUCGCCUUCUAGCUAUUCCCCUCUCUGGGACAGCAUGAAGGGCUGGUGUGCUGUGCAUCUGGGAGGUUAUCUCGCGGCCCGUGGGCAUAGAGAUCUUCCUGGCUCUACCCUGGGAGGGGGUGUUUCUGUAGUUCUCCAGGGCAACACUGGACGCACUCUUCGGAACUAUAGGAUUGGAUUUCUCAGAGUUAGGGAUUAUCAGGGCGUUGUUGAUCUUCUUCUCGGAUUCUGGGGAUGUCACGGUAAUGGGAAUGGGGGUUUCCUCUUGUUCGUCGGCCUCGUCGGUGGAGGGUACCCACUUCAUGUGCUUUUCUACGGGGUCGUACAACAGUGCACUCGCCCAUACGUUGAGAGUUAUUCCUCCCAUUAUCAGAACUGCCCCUCUGUAUCCAAAUUCAUUCAAUAGAUAAGCUAACAGAGGUGGUAGAAAAAUAGACCCCAAAGCGCUGCCAGACAUGCACAGACCAUUAGCCAGACCCCUUAGCCUCAAGAAAUAUGAAGUAACGAUGUAGACGGUCGGGGGAAAUGAUAAUCCAGCUCCAAUGCCCACGAAGGUUCCAUAACUGAGGCAGAGGAACAAAACAGAAUUUGCGAAGUAGCUGAGCAUCAUUCCAACAGCAGCGAAAGUUCCACCGAUGAGGGUCACUGUUCUGUACGAGUAUUUGACAGACAGAACACUCGAUAGCGGGCCUGUGGGAAAGUAGAGACUUCAACAAAUCUCGAACGACAUUUAAUUGCAAUUGAUCGGAAAAUUGAAUUGUCAUUUAAUCAAGCACCUGAGUGAUGCCAUUCUAUUGAAAAGUGUUUUCCAGAAUAGGAAAGGUUGAGCUUUUUUCACCGAUUUGUGCUUGUGGAUCAUGAUCUAAUUAAUUGGAACUGUUUAUUUAUACUCAUCAUACCAAGUGAGCUGUAGAGAAAAUAGCAUAGGGCUGGUAUCCAUGCUGCUGCUGCAGGUGAUGCGUGAAAGACCUCAAGAAACUCGACAAAAAGUACACCAAAGGACUUUAUAGUUCCCGGGAUGAGGACGUUGACCAUUACAGCGGCUAUCAGGACGAGCCAGCCCCAGCCGCCGUCUGGUGGCACGAGCUCUCCCUUCCCUGCUUCAUCCUUAACUGAAAUCAAUUUCCAAAAACCUCGUGAGGAGAUUCAAUGAGGUUUAAUGAAGGAAGAAAAACAUUUAUUCAGUGAAAUUCUCGUACAGACGAUAGAUAACAAUCUGUACAACUUUCUCCCUGCAAAAGUAAUGAAAAAACAAUUAGGAGGAUGUUGGGAAUGCUUAUCAUGAAAAUAAAAUUGAUAACCCACAUUGAUUGCAGAAGUUAAUCGAAAGUAAUCAGGCACUUGAACAAUUGUUUUUACUUUCAGAAGGAGCACAAUUUUUAUCGCAAUCACGAUUGCCCCAAAUAGAUUCCUACAUAAUUCGUAAUUAAACAAUCGUGAAUGAUUCGAUGCUAAAACAUCGCAGAUCGGUUUUCAAACUCGUCACUAUUCCUUGAAGUGGGUAUCAUUCACACCGGGGAGUGAUAAGAGGAAGAGAUAAACGCUCAGCGCUACAUAAAACACGUGGAAUAGGAUAACUAGGGGACUUUCCAAAGACCUAGGCGUCAUUGUGCUGUGUACUCAAUUAUGCUAAACAGCAGUUAAUGCAUUUAACCCAGUUAUUUUUUACUUUAUUCAACUUAAUUUCGUGUUAUUGAUAAAGCCAAUCGUUUGGGGGAAAAAGGAACAUCUCUUUAAUGGAGGCAUAGUAAUUUAUGUAUUACAAUUCCGAAUAAAUGUGAUACUACUAUCAUCAA